UGGGGACAACCAGCCUGUGAGGAGUGAUGUCUUCAAAUGAGGAGGGUUAUGUGGUACGCAUCAGAGGUCUUCCCUGGUCCUGCACUCAGGAAGAAGUGGCCAGUUUUUUUUCUGGUUAGAGUACACUCACUCACAUGUGUUCACCUAUAUCAGCACAUUGGGCAGAUAGCCCUAUAUUUCUGCCAACACCCAUGCAAUACUGCCUGACUGGGUCACAUAAGCAUCCCGUUGAAAACAGUGAGGCAGAAUAAAAACAUGUUCCACCAAAUUUAACUACAUGAAUCACUGUGCCAAGACUGUGACAUCGUGGGCCAGGUGAACGGCGUGUGUUUCACCUUCUCUAAAGAAGGCCGUCCCAGCGGAGAGGCUUUCGUUGAGCUGAUAAACGCUGAUGACUUUAAGAACGCCAUCGCUAAGGACCGCAAAUACAUGGGGCAUCGCUACAUAGAGGUGUUCAAAUCGAACCGCAGUGAAAUGGACUGGGUGCUGAAGCGAAGCGGGCCCGCGGACUACGACGGCUGCAGCGGCUGCAUGUUGAGACUGAGAGGCCUGCCGUUUGGCUGCAGCAAGGAGGAAAUAGUUCAGUUCUUCUCAGGGUUGAGAAUCGUGCCAAAUGGGAUUACUCUGCCAGUGGACUACCAGGGGAGGAGCACAGGGGAAGCCUUCGUGCAGUUUGCCUCAAAGGAGAUAGCAGAAAAGGCUCUGGGGAAGCACAAGGAAAGAAUAGGGCACAGGUACAUAGAGAUCUUUAAGAGCAGCCGCAAUGAGAUCCGGGCCUACUAUGAGCUGCCCCGCCGGCCCAUGGGGCAGCAGCAGCGGCCUGGCCCCUAUGACAGGCCCAUGAUGGGGGGCCCCAGGGGGGUUUUCUUCGCCCCGGGCCCCGGGCGUGGAGGGGCCCUCAUGGAGCCCAUGCGGAGCGGAGGGGGCUACGGGGGAGGUUACGGAGGCUUUGACAACUAUAACGGCUUCAACAACUACUGCUUCGGCAACGGCAUGUUCGACGACCGCCUGAGGGGGGGCGAGCGAGGGGGCAGAGGGAUGGGAGGACACGGACACGGACACGGGCACGGACACGGGCACGGGCACGGACACGGCGGGGGAGGGGACGGGGGCUCCGGGUUCCACAGCGGCCAUUUCGUCCACAUGAGAGGCCUGCCGUUCCGCGCCACCGACGGCGAUAUCGCUAAAUUCUUCUCCCCCAUGAACCCCAUGCGGGUGCACAUCGACGUGGCGCCCAACGGCAAGUCCACCGGCGAGGCGGACGUGGAGUUCCGCUCCCACGAGGACGCCGUGGCAGCCAUGUCCAAGGACAAGAACCACAUGCAACACCGAUACAUCGAGCUGUUUCUCAACUCGACGUCUAGCGGGGCGGCAGAGAUGAGUCGCGGGAGCAGUGGUUACUAUGGAAACUCGGGCGGUGGCUCGCGGAGCGGCGGGUUGCGGGGCGCCUUCUGAGGACAUCAUCACGCUCGCCUCGACCCUGAUGUUUUAUGUUCCUCAUGGCCUCGUUUCUUUUUUUAACUCUGCUCGGUUCAGCAGGGCAGAUCUGGUGUCACUAGUUGUUUAAGUGAGAAAGUUGAAUUCCUCUGGGUUUAGACAGUUCGAUUUUUGUCGUACCUUCAGAAAGUGUCUCUUGGGUUUUGUAGAGAGCAUCGCCAUUUUACCAAAGAUGCUGCGUGUAGAUCCCUUAAAAUGUUCAACUUUGGUUUAGCGUAAUACUACCCAUUCAUAGCAAACACAGUGGUGCUGGUUCAUAUUGAAUGAUCUACAAUUAUUGUUUUGACAAAUAACCCUCUUUUCCUCCAAAUGGCCAGACCCUUAAAAGCCUUACUGCUAGAAAGGCCCGAGUUAUGUUGAAUUAUAAAUCUCAUAAUUGAUCCGAAGUGACACAUUGAAUAUUCAGAUUUGGAUUUGGCCGGUAUUUAACUUUUAAAGUGUAGCACGUGCUUUUCAUUUCCCAGCACUACAUUUGCCUGGAGCUCUGUGUGUCUCUGCAGCAGCGAGUGAAGCAUACGUCUCAGGAGAAAGAGAAGCAUGGGGACGCUGUUCAACGCAGGCCGCUUUGUUAGUCCUGCUCCCCAGCUUGCUAAGGGACCGCGUCUAUAGAGACAGUAGACAGUAGUCUACUGAACAACGGCGUUUAACUCCACUGCCAAAGACUGUUGUCCAAAUCGCUGGUGCUAAUAGGGCUAGUAUCCAACAGCUUUUUACCUCCCCACAAACAAGAAGCCAUUUGAUCUGCCUUCCCCAACAGAGCACCUAUUGAAAGACCAGAUCAUAUAUAUUGGGCUACAAGACUAAUACCAUCUGACAACACCCCUGGUGCGUUUCCAUAUGAGGCCAGAUAAAUGUGUGCAAGGGAUUCUAGAUAAGCUUGCUUGCUUUGAAACAUUUGAUAAAUGUGAGCCGGUGUGUUUUCUAUAUGAAUGUUUUCACAUGUUCAUUACAAAAAAAGAGUUGGGUAUUUUCCAUUGUUAGAAUGGAAAUAAAACAAAUAUCUAUUUGAGCUCUGAAAUUAGCUGAAACAGCUGUUGUACAUUUUGCUUAAUAAAUUUUAUAUUUAAUUCCA